AAUUAUACACAAUUACACACACAAAAUCUCUCUUUCUUCGCUCACCACCUUCCCUUCCUUUAAAACCCCAAUCCUUUUUCUUUUCCUUAUCGGGGGAAUUUAAUUAAAUUUACUGCUGCCUCUGAUUCUCCGCUGCCUCUCUUACAGCUCCAAGAACCGCCACCUCUUCUGCCUCCUCAGGACUGAGUCUGUUGUUGUCACCUUGCACCAAUUACUGCAAUUCUGAACAAAAGGAUGCCUGAAAGAGAGAUGUUGUAGUCAUGUAAUGGAUGAACUUUGCUUGCCUCUAUUGAUUUCGAUGUGUUCUAAUCCGACUCGAGACUGUUUUCGGGUGUACAAGCAACAACAGCACUGUUUCUCUGCUCGGUGCUCAAUUUUAUCAAAGUUACACAAGGGGAUGCAUGAAAAAGGCUGCCAAGUGAGUGUUGUGCUUCAAUAAUCAAGUUGAAAUCAACCAUGGUGAGCUUACGAAGGCGCAGACUACUGGGAUUGGGACUAUGCUGUGAGAUACCUCCUGUUCUAGAUCCACUUCCUAGGGUUGUCAACAAUGGAACCACUCCUCAAAAUUUCACCCGUACAAAUCCUGUCAGUGUGCAUCCCAUGCCUUCAAAUGGUGCAAAUCAACCAGAUGGGAAUACCAUUGUGAAAGCAAAACCUCGAUCCUUAACUGCAUCUGGUUCUAGCUUAUCCAAAGAGCAGCACGAUGUGGCAGGGCCAACAAUCAAACGCAGAAAGCGACAUCGCAGAAAGCAUGCUCAAAACCAGGAACCAUGUCUAAUGAGAGGUGUCUAUUUUAAGAAUAUGAAGUGGCAGGCAGCAAUUAAAGUUGACAAGAAACAAAUCCACUUAGGCACUGUUGGUUCCCAAGAAGAGGCUGCUCAUUUGUAUGACAGGGCUGCUUUCAUGUGUGGGAGGGAACCAAAUUUCGAGCUUUCUGAGGGGGAGAAGCAAGAACUCAAGAAAUUCAAGUGGGAUGAAUUCUUGGUCAUGACUCGUCAUGCAAUUACUAAUAAAAAACACAGGAGGAGAAGGCAAGGGGUAGAGUCAGAGAAGAGGUCCGAGAGUCCUCAAUUGGAAGACGGCGACUGGGAGGAUGACAAAGAAGAAGUGAAUGGCCUUUCAGCUUCAGAAGGUGCAGAGCAAGACAUGUUGGACUCUUGAACACAAACGUUCAAGGGCAAUGCUUAAUUUCCUGCUUUCUAACAGUUAAGUGCUCAGCUGACAGACCUCCCAUUUUUUGGUGUAUAAAGGUCCAUAUUAGGGCAAAUUGUGAAUUUCAUGGUCGUUUAAUAAGGUAAACGCCCCCAAUAAUCAUUAGUUCCAUAUUAGGAGCGUCUUAGUCGCUAAUCGCUUCGAUCAGAUAAACUGCUUCGAAGCGAUGAUUUGCAGUGGAAAUUAAAACCUUUUAAACUUAUUAAUGCAUGGGAAACUUCAGCUCCAA